AUGGACAAAUUACCUAUUGGAUAUAUAAAAGGAAAGGGAAAUGUAAUCAAUUCAUUUUACAUCAUCAGCCGUUAGAUAAAAAGGUUCCAAAAAAUAAAAAAUAUGACUAUGUCAAAUAAACUCUAAAUACAGGACCAACAGUUCGGGAUAUUGAGGUUAUUAGCAAUUAGACAAUAGCAAAAAAGAGAUCUGAGAUUUUCAAACGAAUAAAAUGUUCCACAGUAUUGAAACUUAUUAGUGUACUUAAUAUUUAAUUUUUAGGAAGAACCUGUAUAAGAAUCAAUACAUAAUAUAAUUGAUUAAUAAGAAUAAGAUCAAUUGAAAUAAUUUGAUACUUAGAGUUAAUAUAGUCAAAAAACAAGAUUUACUGAAGUCUCUUAAGUUUCUGCAAUUACUUUUGCAACUGAAUAACUUGGUCUUAGUGAUUAAUCUGAAUUUCUCCUUAUUGAUUUAAGAGAUCAAGACGAAUAUUAAAUGUAUCAUAUAAAAGAAGCUAUCAAUUUCCCUGCUCCAUAUCUCAGAUAAGAUAAGCUUACUCAAUAAAUUUAUAGAUUUGUAAGUUUUUAUCAUAAAAUCUAAUAAUAGAAAAAUUAAGAAGGCAAACUAAUUAUUAUCUAUCAUUUUGAUGAAAAGAAUGGUAUACCAUCAGCUACCCUCUUUGCAGAAAAAGGAUUUGAAAAUGUUUACCUUCUAAGUGGAGGAAUAGAAAAGUUUCUCUAAAAUUAUCCAGAGGGUGUCAUUGGAACUAAAGUACCUUCUAUUCCAAAACCAGAAUGUAAUCUUUAAUAUAAAUAAGUUAUUCAGAAAAUCCAAACAAAAUUAUUAAGAGGUCAAAUUAUUUGGAAAGCGAAUCUUAAAUAAAUAAAUCAGAAAAAGCUAUUAGUGAUACAAAAUCAUAAAUUAGCUAAAAAUCAAAAAUUACUCGAUAAUCAAGUACUUAAAAAUAACAAUAAUAAUAACAAUAGCAAUAGAAUUCAUAGUUCAUAGAUAAAUGAUUUUUAUUAAUAAAUUAAUUAUGUAGUAAUUAUAAGAAUCUCAUUCUUAAUCAGAUUUUAAGCUCCCUUCUAUAGAUAUUCAUACUACUCAUCGACUUCCUAUUAAAAUGAAUCCUAGUUAUAGAUUAAAAUACACAAAUCCAAUAAGAGUUCAAUAUCUAAGAUUUUUAGAUCGAAGAAGUUUGGAUGAAAAAUUAAAUGAACCAUUUUGUCUAGAAAAAUUCGCUAAAAUAAACAAUUACUCAUAUGAAAAGAGUUAUGAAUAGUAAGCCAAUCUAUCUUAAAAUUUUAAGUCAAUAACAAUCUAGAAAACCAUAGAAAAAAACUUAACCAUUAUAAAAAUAAGUAUAUCGUAAACCAACAAUGAGAUAUUUCAAUCCAGAAGACUCAGAAGUACGUUAAGAUGAUAUGGAUUUAAUUUUAAAUCCAAAAUCCAAUAAACAUGUAACUUCUAAUAGCAAAGUCUUUAUUUCUGAAUGAAUUUGCU